AUGCGGGCUCACCCCCUUGCAGUAUGCAUUGCAGGACAAAUCCCGCUCCUCCCUGCAUUCGUGAUUGUGCCCCCGGCAUCUUCACUAGACUGUCUAGAACUGCAAGUAAAACUCGCUUUACAGCAUCUCUGGCGCGUUGGCAUCGAGAAGCAGGUACAGUUGAUGAGCAGCCCGGUAGCGUACUUCUCAUCUACACAGUCGUCGGCUGAGAUGAAGCGCAAGGCCUCCCUUGCAGCCACUGCUUGCAUAGUUGUGCAUACCUGGUUGGCGGCCUCUGGUGAUGAUCAUGAAGAUGAGACUGUGCCCGACCUCUGGGAUCGGAAAAAGAACCUUGCCUACCGAUCCUACGGAGGCGAUGGCGAUAUCGCGAAGUCCGUACACGCUCUGCCCAAGUGGGAAGUGCUAAAGGGCUUCGACGUCGACGAGUCCGAGACAUCGGCGUACUUGUCGUUCAUCUUCUCACGGAGGUUGAGGAGCUGCCGGGACAGGCUGGCGUGGAGUCGCAUGCACAUACGGACUUCGCGAAGGUCGCUGACGGACCUGUGCAGCUGUGUACCGCCCAAGAGUGUGAAAGGCUCAGCUUACAGCAUGUCGUCGUCCAAGAUCAUGAUGGGAUAUUCAUCCAUACCACCGCAGUCGUGGAUAGAGUGCGCCCUGCGAUCAGGGGGUGUCGUCGGCCACCAUGGAAUACGUCAGCAAUCGGUGACGGCCUCGCUGGUGAAGAUGACCUCACGGCGUUCGGCUGUCAUGGAGCUGGAUGCGGCCAGGCCGAAGACUACGUAUGCCGAGUCCUUGUGGGUUGAGGCAGACAUGCCCUCCGCCAUGGGGGCGGUGGUCCCGUGCAGGUUGCUGUGGGAUUCACACGGCAGUCGGCUGGCGUUGGUGGCCGGCCGGCUUGCCCAUCAUGGGAUCACGAGGUCCUUUAACCUGGGAGGCCCCAAGAGGCUCAUAGCUGGUUCCCAAGUCGGUGUCGCGCUGACCAGCACGUUGUUCUUCCGCUUUGUCUCUGCCUCUGCCUUCCGCUUCGUUGUUGAGGGCAAUGGGCAGUCGUGCCGGAAACGGUUCGAGUAUGAAACCUUACGAUGCUUUGUGCACAAAACUCAGCAAGAGAAGAAAGAAAUUUUAGUAGUGUAUCAAUGGCAUCAGGAUCUGUUGAGUAUGUCGUUGUGA